UCACCUCCCCGCCGUUUCCAAGCGACCCCCCCAGCGCCCCUGAAAGGGCAGCCUCUGGCAGCGGUGGGCAGGUUCAGACCCCCUCCGGCGACCUCGCGAAGAGCCUGUGCCCAAACCGCCCUCUAGCUGGACCGAGGCGGCACAGCCAAGAGUCCAGCCCUAGGACCGACAGGGCCCGGUCUCCAUCAGCAACGGCCUUCCGUGGCAGCUGGGCCACCCUGUCCUCCAGCCGCGAAGAUGUCGUCGGCCUCCAACGUCAGUUUACUGCGCGAGACUUGCCGGCAGGUCGUGGCCGGAGGGUCUGCAGGUCUUGUAGAAAUUAGUCUGAUGCACCCUCUCGACGUGGUGAAAACCAGGUUCCAGGUCCAAAGAAGCAAAACGGACCCACAAAGUUAUAAAAGCUUAGGAGACUGCUUUCGGACGAUCUUCCGAAGAGAGGGGUUUUUUGGCUUUUACAAAGGAAUUCUACCACCCAUUUUAGUUGAAACACCAAAGAGAGCAGUCAAGUUUUCCACCUUUGAGCAAUACAAGAAAUUGCUGGAAUAUGUGUCACUAUCACCAGGCCUGGUAUUUGCCAUUGCUGGAUUUGGAUCUGGACUAACAGAAGCAGUCGUGGUCAACCCUUUCGAGGUGGUAAAAGUUGGUUUGCAAGUCAAUCGGCACACGUUCACAGAGCAACCAUCUACUUUUGCUUAUGCAAGACAAAUCAUUAAGAAAGAAGGCUUGGGGUUCCAGGGCCUCAACAAAGGACUUACAGCAACUCUGGGACGUCAUGGAAUUUUCAACAUGGUUUAUUUUGGCUUCUACCACAACGUCAAAAGCAUUAUUCCAGCCAGUAAGGAUUCGACCUUGGAGUUUUUGAGAAAAUUUGGAAUUGGUUUUCUCUCGGGGACAAUAGGCUCAAUCUUUAACAUCCCCUUUGAUGUCGCCAAGACUAGGAUCCAAGGGCCCCAGCCAGUUCCUGGAGAGAUCAAGUACAGAAAGUGCCUUAAAACGAUGAAGACGAUCUACCAGGAAGAAGGGAUCUUAGCCUUAUAUAAAGGCCUGCUUCCCAAGGUCAUGAGACUUGGACCAGGUGGUGGGGUGAUGUUGCUGGUGUAUGAACACACCUACGCGUGGCUGCAGAAGAACUGGUGAUGGACUAAGAAGUGUUUUCCCCUCGACGUAACAGAGAUGUGAUCUGCAGUCCCAUGAAGAGAAGACAGUCAGCUAAGCUAGACAGACAAUGAGGAGGGGAAGACAGCCUGUUCCGAUGUUUUAAAAAGUUUUAGACAGCAGGACAUGGCACUUUGGGCCACAGACAUAGCACUGUGAGAAGGAAAGUAACAUGAAGCAAUGGAGGAUGUAAGUUAGGUAGAAAUAGGGUAGAGGUCAGAUGCAGUUCAUAAGUGUUACACAAACUGUGGGACUCACGCUGCAUCACAAUGAAACCUCACUUAAUUUUUCUGAGAAGUCUACAAAUACUUAAAGUCUUGAAAAUAAAUUGUUCUAUGGCUGAUUUCCUGAGAAUUAUUCAAAGACUGAGUUACAAGCCAAAUUUUAAAUGCUUUUUAUAAGGAAUUGCUUUUCCCUAAAUCAUAUUUUAAAGGGAAAAAAAAGAAAAAUGUAAAUAUACCAACACAGCCUUUUCAGAAUGUUUAAUUUUGUGAGUGCUAUGUUAAAGUGUGAGUUUGCUGGUUUUCUUUAAUAAUAAUACCCAGUUAGGGUCUAUUUUCCUAGAUCUAUUUUAUAUUUUGUGUGGUGGUUUAAGUGGGUUAUUUUUAAAUCAUGCUAUUGGAAGUCUUUCAUUACAAAUAGAAUGUAUAAUAUUAUAUUAAACUGAUUUCCUUUACAUAGUUCAUUUUGAAGACAAGUUUUAUUACUAAGAUAUUUUUAUGGUAGGUUACAAGUUGGAUGCACUCCCUGAACCCCUCUCUGUUGCCUGUAUUUGCCUCCUGAGCCCUUACCUACGCCAUUCUUUAAAGGGAUGUAGGCAAAUAAAUCUGUUCUCCAGAUUCUUAGGGUUAGGUAGCAUCUUUAAGUAUAAAAGCAACUGUCUAGAAUAGUAAAAUGUCUAUAAUAAAGAGAAAAUCUUUCAAAAUGAAAAUACAUUCUUAGCAUUUCCAAACAUUCAACCACUAACAUGCACUCAAAAAAAGAAGAAAGAAAAGAAAAGACAUACAGACAGAAAGAAAGAAAGAAAAAAGAAAGAAAGAAACAUAGCUUUUUGGUCUUGACAUAACCGAAGCUUGUUUGUAAGUCUGCAUCCUCUAAUGAGACUACUUCAGUAGCUAAAGCCAACAAAAAAUGUCAACAUGUUUUAGAUGACACCUGCUCUUAACUACUAAUGUGAGGUAUUUCUACUAUGGGGGAUUCUCACCAAAACAUUUUGAAAUAAACAGUAAAAAUGA